AUGGAUGAGCCUGGGGGCCUCAUUCGAGAUACAGCCGGUCGGAAAUAUUUUAUUGGCCCGUCUGGAAGUCUACAGUUUUUGGGACAACUUCGACGGCUCAUUCUCAGCUCUCGUACCGAUGCUUACAGCGACCGACACACGUCUAGUCGAUUCAACGCUGCAUUGACGGAGGAUGAUGCAGCUCAGGCACUUGAAGCGGACGGCAACAAGGAGGAUCCCCCGGCACUUCCUCCUGCACUCAGUGACAAUGAUCCCAGUGAAAGUCCACAGUUCGACGCGCAAUCCCAUGUAUCUCUUGGCUCCUCCUUGAUCAGAGAGUUCACUAGUAUCUCCAACAACGAAUUCGAAGAUAUCCGAAGGCAGCUUCCCUCUCGAUCAACUGUGGAUUCGUUGGUGCGGAUAUACUUCAGAGACGUACAUCCCGACUUUUCAUUAUUCCAUCGGGGAACUUUCACAGAAGAUUACGAGACGUACAUGUCUACCAUAAAUAACUGUCAGCAAUCCACACGAACCAGUGCGCAGUUACCAUCAGCCGGCUGGCUUGGCUGUUUACAUAUGACGAUUGCCUUUGCAUCCAUGUCUAAUGCAAAAGAUCUCCCGAGCAAGGUUGACCUCGCCUCUAUUUCUCGACAUUGCGUGAGUCUUACCCGACAGCUGCUGCCACAUCUAGUAGCCAAAUGUGCCCUCGCCAACGUCCAAGCCCUUUUACUUCUAGCACUUUUUCUUCACAAUCACAAUGAGCGCAACGCAGCCUGGAACCUUGUGGGAACUGCCAAACACAUGGCCUUCUCUUUAGGCCUACAUCGUGAUACCGACAAUCAAGCGCAUUUCCGACCCAUGGAGAGGGAAUCUCGGAAGAGAGUAUUUUGCACGCUCUAUACUUUCGAGCAGUUCCUAGCAUCUAGCCUUGGGAGACCAACUGGGCUCUACGCUUUCGAGGACGUGGAGAUAGUUCCCCCUCAUGAAGCAUUACUUGAUGGAGGUGACGACGAAGAUGACACUAUGAAGCUUUCCCUGGAGCUGCAGGGUAUUUUAGCACAAGCAAGAGUAUCCCUUGCCGUCAAAACGAUGCCUGUUGCGAGUGGGCAAAGCAGCUUGGAAACGGUGGCUCGACAUGAGCAAUCUUCUAGAAAAACCCUGGAGGCAAUGAGUAAGUGGAGGAUGGCACUUGAAUCAUGUCGCACAUUGAAUAUCCCUACUAUAGGUGAGGCGAACGAUAUUCUUUGCCAAGAUGACCAGGGAGCGCCGAGGAUGUCACUGCAAGAACUUGGGACGAUGAUGGGCUGGCAGAGUCGUCGUCGGCUUCGAACUGCUCUUGUCUUACAGCUCCAAUAUAGAUACACUGGUGUUCUAGUAACAAGGUCUACGCUGCUUUUACACGUUGCAUCUGCACGAGGCGGCAAAACAGGACAGGCUGAGAUAGCUCAAGAUAAUCGAUCCUCCAAUAUGACAGUGGAGCACUCGGACCUGUGUGUUAUGCACGCUGUCCAGCUCUGUCGCCUCAUUCUACUCGCUGACUCCGUUGGGCUGGUAAAUGGAACAUCGGCAAUGGACAUAUUUUAUGCAUAUUGCGGAGUCAUGGUGCUUAUAUUGCGUUCGCUGCGCAUUACAAUCUCCGCCAGUGAUCACCAUGACUCCCAUGAGGGUCAGCUACAGACAUCUCUGUGUCACUUAAUUGCUGGAACAAGAGCAGUGCUCAUGCGAGUUAAAAAAUGCAGCACAAUGACACGCUUCGCUCGCGUGGUGGCUGCAUUUGAAGAAGGGUUACUACAAGAUCAGUCGCAACCUGUUGCUGUUGUCGGCGAUCAGCCACUUAGGGGUGAUAAUCCUAUUUCUGAGCUAGGUAAUUCACAACCACCCCCAGGUUGCCAAGCCCCCUUGAACGAUCCUCUCUACUCGACUGGGCAAUUCAACAACCCGACGAUCGCAGGAGCAGGUUUGCCAUCUGAGACCAACCCGCAUUUUGCAUCCCAGCAGCCAGGGCAAAGUACCGCGAUUGCACAGGGUCUCUUUGGAAUUUCAAAUUCAUCCUGGCAGCCUAACUCGUUAACCACAUUUGAUGGGCAGACAGACGUUGACGGCUGGAUGAUGGACUCAUUUCCUGGCCUUGAUGGGGCUGGCGUGGUAGACUGGGAUGAUAUCGAGACCCUUUUGGCACGAAAUAUAGGGCAAUAG